GGUAGGUAGUGUUGACGCUGCUGUGCUGACUCGGAGAGCGCAAUGCAAUGCAAUGCAAUAGGUACCCCCUCAAUCCCUCCCACCUUGUGUUGACUUUUCCUUCCCAAACAAAACAAAAAAGACAGAAAGACCGAAUGCGCCAGCUUCGACCAAGACCCGACCACUCAGCUUCAGACUGGACACACUAUGCGCCAAUCUGGAAAAUGGCUUGACUCUUUUUCCUCCCCAGCUUACGACCAAGUGAUUUGACGACAUCAUGGCGGCGGCCACUUCGUUGGGAGUUCACCAGCCCAUCGGACUGCGAUAUGCCAUCGACGAAGGCUUCCUCCCUCCGAACCCUCCCUUCUCGUCCUACAGUUGGGAGAUAUUUGUCGACCGACAGGCUCACGCCGAGUGUGAAGACGAGCUGUUGACCACCGAUACCUGCGUCAUCUGGUCUCGCGGCGGCAUCUUUCGAAAGAGCUUCAGGUUCGACAUCGAGAACGAGAAAGUCACCCAGGCUCUCCUCACAUAUUUCCCUACCUCGACCGACUCCCACCCCAUCGUCAGCGCUGCCCCUUCGCAGCCCACGACCGAAAAGCAUGACGCGAAACCACCUCUCGCCCGAGCCCUCGUCGUCUUUCUCAAGACCCAAGCCCACAUCUACUUCCUCUCCGGAACCAGCCAUGUCGUCCACAUGCCCUUCGAGGUCGAGUCGGCCUGCGCCGCUCCCGUUGGCGUCAUCAUCCAACGGAAACAGCGAGCAAACAAUACCCUGCCCGUUACCUUGCGACUGCCCAAGGUUCCGCCAAACUCCUUCGUCUCGUCACAGCCCUCGUCCAUCUUCAGCCAAACCGGCGCCGAAUUCUCCAUCGAAGGCCUGGGACGACCCAAGGCGCUCCCUUUGAAGCUGAGCAACACUUUGGAAAACAUGUGGCAACCACCCAUGGAGACCCCCGACAGUCCUUGGCCUCGGCUUGUGUGUUUGACGGACCCCUUGCUCGAGAUCGGUUUGAUAGUCACCCACCCGGAAAACAAAAAGACAAACAAGAGACGUCAAGGAGUCUCUCUCGCCUCCAACUUUCUCAGUCCAGCCGAAGAGAUUGUCCAUGUCGAAGCAAUCGAAAUACCCGGCUAUGCCUCUGCCUCGCAAAGUGAGACUUGCAUUGCUGUUACCGUUAACAGAGAAAACAGCAUGUACAGCGUCUGGCGCUUGACCUUUCUGGAAAACGAAGAUCCCUUCAUUGGCAAAAGGAAGAAGAAACCCGUCAAGUCGACUCGCAGGCGCAGCUCCAUGGCUCCCGGCAUGCCCAGCGGUGCCAGCACCCCGGUCCAUCCCUCCAUUAGAGAUAGCUUCGGUGCUCCUCUGCCCGGCAAGAAGCCUCGCAAAAGUGUCAGGAUCGAUGAGCGGGAAAAAGAAAAGGACAAGGGUCGGGCGCUCGAGGGUGUUUUGAAUUCUCUAGACCCCCAGAGAACUGAUGACGCUGCCCGCAGACAGUCUCGUCGCGUAAGCUCUCUGUUGGCCAGGGCUGACUUGUCCGCAUCCCAGGAGAGGGCGAGUUUCUCCGAGCAAACACUACAUGCGGUGCAUGGAGGUAGAAGGGGAGAUUCACUAGGCAGUCAACGGACACGCAUGAGCAGUGCCUACGGCGGUUUACAUCUGGGCACUUCCUUCAACCAUGGUCUCAACAGCCUAGCCGAGGCGCCUGUCGACUCUUUGCUUGAGGAGCUCCGUGCUGGUGGUGACUUUGAGGGCUUCCACAAUAUGGGCUUGGAUGAUCAUGAGUUCGAAGGGCUAACCCACGAAAUGCUCUUCAGAAAAAUUCACAGCUUUCCCAUGGACAACGCCAACGUCCGCUACUCUCUUGCCGACAAACCGGCUAAGACGCAGUCCAAAGUGUUCAUUCUCGUCGGCCCCCCUACUGCCACUGACGAGCAGGGUCGUGUCCAGAUUCUUCUUGGAAUCCAGGACGUCGUCGACAAGAGGUUGCAGCUCCUGACUCUGCAUGUUCCGCAUCCCGUCCCAGGGUCCACUGUCGAGCCAGCCACGUCAGGACUCUCCUCCAAAGCUCCCUUGGUUUUUAGUGAACUUCGACGGGCGCAAAACGUCAUCGACUCGUGCAAGAUCUCGGAUGGAAAUGAGCAGACCAUACUCAUUCUCUCCGAAGACAAGGCUGGUGGCAGGGAGCUAAGUCUGCAAUCCCCAUGGAGCCAGCUCACCACUGUUGACGCGACUCUCCUUCUUCUUGACGAUGUCAACAACCUGAGCUACUCGGGGACUCAUACAACAGAUACGCCGUCGGUGGUAAACAAAUCAGAGGGAGUUCGCCUCUCCCAGAUCCGCGUCGAUGCAUUGUGCCACAGCUCUCCCCGUGGAGUCGUCGAUCUAAUGGACAAGAACGGCGCAUUUCAUCGCAUUCAUGUCAAGCUUCGCCCAUCCUCUCCCCAGGUUCGCAAGGCCUUGGACGCUUGCCGAAGUGUUCUUCCUCCUUCACAUGCAGAUCGACUGCUGGCCGGUUGGUGGCAUACCACACAGUGGCUUAGAGUUCUGAACCAACAGGAAGCGAAUAGUACCACCAACGACCGAGAAUGGUCUUCUCUGGUUGUAUUAUUACUGGCGAGCUUCAUGGCCCUCGGGCACACGGACGAAACAUCGUUGGCCAGAUUGGGUUGUGGUGUCCGAGUUCUUGAACCGAAGAGUAACUGGGAGGCCAUGGAGCUGUACACGACCCCGGUGGCAUCUGCCAAUGCCCCGUGGAUGCAAAACAGGGGCUGGCAGUGGUUGUUGGAGGACAGCCUUCUCGACACUAUCCCAUCCAGCCAAGGUACGCAGCCACCAAGCUUCAUGGCGCGUCAUAUCGAGCUUGCAAAAGGUUACAUCGCAUCUGCCGAAGGCAUGGCAGCGUUUGGUGUUAAUGGCUACCUUCCAACAGCCGUCGAGAGAGAUCGCGAUAGUCGCAAUAAGGCAGCCUGGAGUAUGAUGCUUGCGCUUCACCUCCUCGUGGAAGAGCAGACAUUGAGUGUCUUGUCUCCUGAAGAAGUCUCGCCAGGCCACAGUGAUCUCAGGGCGCUGCUCUGGCAGCUUGCGAGAUGGCUUGGAUGGCUGCAGUACGAGGAGCUCUACAGCCUCGGUCUUCAGGCAGAUCUCGACACCGAUGAUUCAGCUCCUCUUGCCCGAUUGGCCAUACCUCCACCCGUUUUCAAUUCUUGUGUCUUGACCUGGAUUCGGCAGCAUUUCACAACCGAUGGUGGUCCCGAUUUCCUCACGCUUCCCCAGGUCUAUGCUACUGCCACGUCGGACGUUCGUGGACGCAGUCCGAGGGAGAGGGCCUGGCGUGACCUGACCCCACGCACCUUCAUGUUCCGGAAGCUCUUUGAGCUCCUCAAGUCAGCCAAGGAUCGUUUCGAAGCAGUGGCAGCCAUGCAUGCCGCCGGUUUCACUCCCCAAGUCCUCGAGACGUUACCAGAAGCCAUUCUGACUCCCUUACAAGACUUCAUCUUCAUCUGUCAGCCAAACCCACCUUUGUCUUGGCCCCCUGAGCUGCUCAAGCUGGUCAACCGCACCGAUGUCAGCACCAUUCUCAAGCAAAUCAAGGUGUCAAAGACGAUUGGGUCAGAACUUCAACCACCUGCACACACGGCGAAAUGGGACUUUCGUAUGCUGUGCCAACAUUUGGAUGACUUGCAAGAACAUGGUGAGGACACUGAUGCCUCGGAAAGGCAACUGGUUGUUCGUACCCUGUUCAGGGAGGACCGGAGACUCAAUGAGGCCCAGAAUCUCUUAUCUUCGGGCAAGUCACGCGUUCUGCGGCUUGAUCCUAAGCCAGAGUGGUCUGAGUCAGAGUACCUGGAAAAGCAAAAGGAGCUGGUUACCACUGUUGCCACCAGCACGCUUGCUAUCCCACCUGGACGUGGUUUGCUGUACUAUUCUUUGCGGUACCCGCUCCUCACGCAAAAAUAUCACAUCAGUGGUUUCAAUCUUGCAUGCAUCAUCCGGCCUACCAACAACACCGUCAGUGUUGACAAGAGUCAGUUCACUGAAGAAAAGAUUAACUGGGCUUUCUUCCAUCAAGGCGUUGCCGGUGGGCUUGCGAUAUCGCCACAAGCCAAAGGCAUCGACACCUCUUGGAUCCUUUACAACAAGCCCGGCCAGGACCUCAGCAACCGACAUGCAGGCUUCCUGCUCGCCCUCGGUCUGAAUGGUCAUCUCAAGUCAGUGGCCAAGUGGGUGGCGUUUAAGUACCUUACCCCCAAGCACACCAUGACUUCGAUCGGCCUUCUCCUCGGUCUCGCCGCCUCGUACAUCGGGACCAUGGACUCUCUCAUCACCAGACUGCUGUCUGUCCACGUCACUCGCAUGCUUCCCCGCGGUGCUGCGGAACUAAACCUCUCCAAGCACACCCAAACGACCGGCAUUAUGGGCAUCGGUCUGCUUUACUGCAAGAGCCAACACCGGCGCAUGAGCGAAAUCAUGAUGUCGGAAAUCGAGCAUGUAGAAGACGGCGAGGAGGAAGACCCUCUACGUGACGAAUCUUACCGCCUCGCCGCCGGUUUCGCUUUGGGGUUCAUCAACCUCGGCAAAGGCAAUGAUCUCAAAGGCCUGCGCGACAUGCGUCUCACGGAGAAGCUGCUCACCAUCGCCACGGCCACCAAGCGCGUCGAACUUGUGCAUGUCCUCGACCGCUCCGCUGCCGCCGCCGUCGUUGCUGCUGCCUUGAUUUUCAUGAAAUCGGAAGAUCAUAUCGUGGCACGCAAGAUCGACGUCCCUGACACCGUGGUGCAGUUUGACUAUGUCCGCCCUGACAUCCUACUUCUCCGCACAAUGGCCAAGCAUAUAAUCCUUUGGAAGGGCAUCACACCAUCCUUCGCCUGGAUCAGAGAAGGGUUACCAAGGGAGUACCAACCCCGCUACCGCCUGACGUCUACUAUCUGUCUACAAAGCAAGGAUCUCCCCUUCUUUUCCAUCCUUGCCGGUCUCUGUUUUGCUUUGGGCCUGCGCUUCGCCGGGUCCGGGAAUAUCCAAGUCCGCGACCUGCUUGUGCGUUACCUGGAUGAAUUCAUGCGCCUCGUCUCCAUGCCGAGGAGUAAUUUUGACGCGGAGCUUGCUCGCUCAAAUGCGCGCAUGUGCAUGGACAUUUUAGCCCUUUCCUGCGCAACGGUGAUGGCGGGCACCGGCGAUCUGGUGAUUCUCCGCCGACUUCGAGCGCUACAUGGGAGAGAUGACAAGGAAACGACGUACGGAAGUCAUAUGGCUUGUCAUAUGGCUAUCGGAGCCUUGUUCCUCGGUUACGGCACCGCUACCUUUAGCAACAGUGACCUUGCCGUCGCGUCGCUGAUUGUAGCUUUCUAUCCCAUCUUCCCCGCAACUGUUCAGGAUAACAGAGCUCAUUUGCAAGCCUUCCGCCAUUUUUGGGUGCUGGCCACGGACCCGCGCUGCCUUGUCGCGAAGGAUGGAGCCACUGGGCAGAGUCUGAACGUGCCCGUUCUCAUCUUUCUGAGACGCAACAGUCCAUCAGCCCGCGCCGCCGCGGCCAACUCUGCCAUUGACUCACCCUUUGAAUCCUCAUCGGACGGUGUUGUCAUCCGCCGCCAAACUCCUUGCUUGCUGCCACCCCUGGACGAUGUCCUACGCGUCACGACGGAUGCUGGGCAGCAGGGCUACUGGAAUCUGACCAUCGACUUUGAAACGGACCCAAGCCUGGUGGAGCAGUUGAAGGAGAACCAGACUUUGUCUUUGCGGAGGAGACCAGCGCUCGAAGCACCAUUUCCUGCUACCUUGCGUGCUUUGGGGCGAGGGAUGGGUCCGGUUGCAGAAGAUGGGCAGCCGAAGGAUCCGUUUGAGUGGGUUUUUGAACUUAGUGCUGGUGCUGAGGGUAGUGACUUAUAUGGCACGAGUGGCGAUGCUGCCAAUGCUAUUAGCCACAGCAUGAGCAACGAGCUUGGAGAGUUGGCAAAGCUGACCCAUGCUGAAAGAGCGGUCGUGAUGGACCGGCUUGGCUCUGGCGGAGGCGUAGGCGAAGGUGAAGGCGCCACGACUUUCGUGGAUGCACGUCUUGUGCUUGAAAAUGAUCUGACCGGAGGUGGCAUGCCGAGCCGAGAGAAACUCCUAGGUCUCCGGUUGUUGUUCGAAUGGAUGGAAAGGCGGCAAUCCUUGGCUGCUCACUCGCCUGUUUCGGCUGCUUUAUCUGCAUUGGGUACAUUGCCCAAAACACCGGCGGCGGCCGACGUUACGACAGCGGGCAGGACAACUGCAAAAGGGAAGAGUAAAGCCCGCGCAGGACACGCAGGGCAGGGGCCUACGACCAGGAGUAUGAAGGGCAAGGGAAAGAAGGUAUCUGUCGAGGAAGAGAAGGAGCUUUGCGUGCCAAACUGGGAUGAGCUGCGUGAAGGAUCCCGCCAUGGAUCCGCAGUAGCGUCAGGGGGUAAUUGGUGGAUCAGGGACAGCGUCAUUGAGGAUUUGAAGGGAAAGGCUUGGUUUGUCGGCCGGGACGGGAAGGUCUGAUGUUGAUGAGUAAUGCACAUGGUCAUGAGUGAUGAGUUACGGAUUCACGGCGCUCGCGACGAACUAAGUCGGAGAAAUUAUCACAGAGGUAGGCCAAGCCUGAGAUUAACAUCCACGGCAGUAGAACAUUGAUGAUGAGUUCACACAGGUAU